UCACGGAAUCCAACAACAGGCAACCCAAGUCUGAACAUGCUGUCAUGCAAUGUUUAGCAUGGGACUAAAGAUCUGUUUUAUAUUAACUCUUUGAGACACAAAUUGGUAAAGAGGGAGUCAGACAGUGUCUGUGAAUGCAGCAGAGACUAGUCAGACGUCCUUUGUUCAUCCUGCUUCUCAUAUGUGAGAGAUCUGCUAUUAUACUAGAAUGCUUGUAGGGAUCUUCUAAACACAGGAAGGGUCACUGUGCUUUCAACAGGAAACAGCUGACCCUUUGGAAUCCUGGAGUCACUCCGGAGCAAGAAGGGGAAAACCUCAGAGCUGAAUAACCACAUCAGGCUCUUGCAGUUCUACCAACAGCUCAAGCGGGAGGAUCAGAUUAUCUCUGCUUCUUGCUUUUUGGCCCCAAGGCCCUACUUCUGGAACUGGAAGGCGAAGAAGUAAACAGAACACUCCUUCAGGAAUUAUCUCAUUCCUUUUUGGAAAGCAGUUUAGCCCUGCAAACUGAAAUAUGAGGAGAAUAAGAAUAGAUGUGUUACUGGCUGCCAAUUUAUAUCUUCUGGCCAGUGUUGUUCCUUCUCAUACAACUGAAAUAUCAGAGGAUGGGGAAGAAUAUGAAGAUGAUGUAGGUGUUUUGGACUUCAGCUCCCAGAAGCCUCAGUCAUCUUGGCCAAUGGUGUGGUCUGAAGUGGGGCAGGAACAGAGGGUUCUGGAGCUUCCCGGAAUAUCCAGAGCAACGGGUCUUGUUUUGACCCCACUGAAACUUGCCACAUCAAUCUGUGCCAUGAAAGCUGAUCACGGUCCAUGCAAAGCAUUACACGACCGGUAUCAUUUCAACAUUAAGACUCGUCAAUGUGAACUCUUUAACUAUGGUGGAUGUCAAGGCAAUGAAAACAACUUCCUAACUCUACAAGAAUGCCAGGAAAAGUGUAUUGUACCAGUUGCAGAUUUGCCAGAGAAGAAAAAAAGAUCAAGAUUUAAGAAAGAAAAGCCUUCUUAUUGUCUUCUGGAGAAUGACCCAGGAAUCUGCCGUGGACUAAUUACUAGAUAUUUCUACAACCAAGAAUCACAAAUUUGUGAACAAUUUCUUUAUGGUGGUUGUCUGGGAAACCAAAACAACUUUCGGUCUUUGGAAGAAUGCCAAGAUACCUGCCAAGAUAUUAACCCUUUAUUUAAUUCAUUGCAAACAGAGGACAACAGCAGGGUGUUUACCACAGCAGACUACAGCACACCAAUAGAUCGGCAUAUCUCUCCAGACAAUUCAUUGCAGACAGAGGAUGCCAGUGUGCCCUUUAGGGCAGUGGACAACAGCACUCCAGCUGUCCAACAAGUGCCUUUGGUGCCUUCAGCCAAUACUUUGCAAGCACAAGAUGACACCAUGCUCCUUAGAGUAAUAAGCAAUAGCACUCCAGUUGUUAAGCAAGAGCAAGACCGUCUUCCUUCCCUCUGUAUCAUGCGUAUGGACAGAGGUCUUUGCAGAGCCCAAGAAAAAAGAUUCUUCUACAAUUACACUAUUGGAAAGUGCCGUCCAUUCAGCUACACUGGAUGUGGUGGGAAUGAAAAUAACUUUACCACUAGAAAGUCUUGCUUGCAGAUGUGUAAGAAAGGUUUCAUUCAAGGACAAAAAGGCAUCAUGAAAAUCCGUCGGAAAAGAAAGAAACGAGUGAAGCUGGUUGAUGACCACUUCGUCACUGAACAGAUAUAGCUUCAAUUCCUUUAUUAAAUUAGUCUGAUAAUUUCCUAUUUUGUAACAUUGAUAUCAACAUUGUUUGUAUUAUCUGCCUUAUUUAACAACAACAACAACUUAUUUAACUGUUGUUGCCUUAUUUAACAGUUUCCGUACACAUUACUUAUCCAUAUGUUAUACUGCUUUUUUGUGCCCUCUUUGUCAUUAUAAAUUUUAUAGAAAGCCCACACAGAGCUAUUUACUGUUAAACUGAUAUUCUGAUCCUAUUCCAUCUUAGGCCCAAAACAGAAGAGCCAAUUAAAGUGACUUUUGGCUGCACUAGGAGUGUGGCGUUUAGAUGACGCAUGCCCCCAAAGUGGUCAGAAGCUGCACUGGGGGAAUACUGAGGCAAAAGCCAGCCUUUUCAGGAGCAGGUUAAAUCCACUCCAGCCAGCAGCAGCCCAUUUGGAACCACAGCAGCAGCUCACUUUGAGAGUUCAGUUCAGUUAACUGUGAAUGAAAUUAUAUUAUAGGGAUUCAAUGCUUUGCUACAUUUCUCCUUAAAGGAAGAAAUUAGUAAUUUUGGCAAUUUUCUACCUACUGUGAGAAAAUCAUACAGUUUUUGACGUAUUGUUGACUUAUUCUGUGAAAAGUUCAGACAUGAUUGUUUAAUACAGGAAACAACUUUUUCUGUGCAUAAAAUAACGCUUUAAUGCACAAAUCUGUUUUCUGCAUGAAAAAGGCUAUCUCUUGGGCAGAAAAGACUAUUUUCUGCAAAUUAGUCACAUGGAAAAUUUGCACAGAAUCAUUUAUGAACUAUGAGGAGCCAUUCUCAACACAUGAAAAAAAACAUUUUUGACAGUUUUUAAAAAAUUCUAAUGUUCUUUCCAUCCCUGCUAUAUCCCUGCUAUAUUAUUAGUUUAUAUGUGGAUGGAAGAAAGCAAAUGGAUAAGAAUGGAAAACUGGGAAGAGCAGGAGCGCAUUACUACCUUGGACAUUAUUAAAACAAUAUUAGAUGAGAACCGUUCCAAUAGUUUACCUCCACGGGAUUGUUCUGCUGCCUCCUGUAGUCCUUUGUGCAGCCUCCAAAAAAUGCUGCAGGAGGUGGAAAACCCUCUGCAACAGGUUUUGGUGACACAGAAGUCUGCAACAAGAAAAGAAAGGGAAGAAAAUCCUAAUUCUGCUUGGAUAAAGAAAUACACCACUGGAUUGUGACCAGCAUCAAAGCUUGGAUCUACAGUUGCACCUGUAAUUCUCCACCCUAUUCAAAAUUCCUCCACCAGUUCAGGAGUUUCGAGAGAGGGAACACUGAUAAACACAACUUAACAGUAACAACCAAGUGAAAUCAAAGGCAUCAAAGAACAUUCUUCAUACAAGGAAAAGAUUGUGUGUUGUGUUAUUGUUUAGGCCAAAAAAAGAGAGAGACUUAAUAAUGAAGAGGAUCUGGCAGAGGUUUCCUAAAGUAUGGAUUAUAAAAUUAUACUACUUAUACUUUUAUAAAAUUGUGAAAAUA